AGUGGGUUAGCAUUGUGACGCCAUUUUUGAAAGUAAGGUUUCCGUUUGCCUGCGAGUUUUAUUCAUUACUAUUCAUUACUUACUAGUGUAAGUCCAAGAAGUUUUAAACAAGGGAAAGAUGGCUAAGCCAGAUGCAGACAUAGAGUCGGCACAGAAAGAUAAGAAAAAGGAACGGGGUCGAGAACGUAAGAAAAAGUCAGAAUCUGGAAGCAGUAGCAGUGACGAUAGCCGAAGCAGUUCUUCUGAAAGUAGCUCUUCCAGUUCCCAUUCUUCUAGCAGUUCAAGUUCAGCAUCAAGUUCUAGAAGCAGCAGUUCUUCAUCAGAUUCAAGCUCUUCAAGUGAUAAUAACCGCACAAGACCUAAAAGAAGAUCCCGUUCAGCUACUAAGAAGGCAAAAAGUAGGAGCAAAAGUCACGACAAAAAAGAAAAAUCCAAAGAUACCCGAGAAAGAAAAGAAAAAGAAAAGCCUGAAGUAAAAAAGGAAGAAAAGGAAGUCAUUAAAAGGAACUCUCCUCCAAAGGAAGAAAAGAGUCAUAUCAGAAAUAGAUCAAGAUCCCGAUCCCCAAGAAGGAAGCGAAGGCGGUCUCCUACACCACGUCCAACAAAAAUUCAUAUUGGUCGAUUAACGCGUACAGUAAACAAAGAUCACAUACUGGAAAUUUUCGGAACCUAUGGUACAAUAAAAAAUGUAGAGUUUCCUAAAGAUCACACUCACGUCUAUUUGGGACGAGGUUACUGUUACGUUGAGUACUCAACUCCUGAUGAAGCCGAAAAUGCCAUGAAACACAUGGACGGGGGGCAAAUUGACGGGCAGGAAAUCACAACAGCUCCAGUUUUAAUUCCAAAACCCAAGCCACCCCCGCCGAGGCGCUCUCCCCUGCCUAUGCAUAGAAGGCCCCCAAUGCAUCGACGUACCCCUCCAAGAUUUCGAAGGAGAUCCCCACCAAGAAUGAGAAGAAGCCCUAUAAGGAGACGUCCUCAUUCAAGAAGCCCACCUCCAAGACGAAGGAAACCACGUUCUCGUUCGAGUUCCAGCAGUUCCAGAUGAUUUUUAUUAUGUUAAGUGUUCAUUAAACUGAAUUUGUGUAUGUAUAAUCAGCCCCCUGUUAAUACCUGGGAUUAUAAUAAAAGUUUAUUUGGAUUUUCA